UUUCUUCUUCUUUUUCCAUUUUCCCUGUUUUCUCUCUGCUCGUCAUUAUUUCCAUUAGAUGAUCUCAGAAGGAAUGGCUUCGGCGGAUAGGAAAUUCCUUAUACUUCAUUUCCUAACAUUGGUUUCAGUGUUUAUUCUUUGUGCCGACAAAGCAUUUUCCAUUCGUAUUCCAGAUCGAGCUUCAACCACGCCUCGGGAACUAUCGGAUCAGUCUUUGAAAACCGCCGUUUUUGCCCUAGGUAGUUUCUGGAGGUCGGAAGCUGUAUUCGGUUGCUUAAACGGUGUCGUUCGAACGACUUCUGGUUAUGCUGGCGGAUCCAAAAUCAAUCCGGAAUACAGAAGCUUCGGUGACCAUGCCGAGUCUGUAAUGGUUGAAUAUGAUCCCAAGGAGAUUAAUUUUAGGCAUCUUCUGGAGGUUUUUUGGUCUAGCCAUGACCCAAGGCAGGUUUUUGGCCAAGGUCCGGAUGUUGGUAAUCAGUAUAGGUCUAUUAUUUUUACUAAUGGAACAGAAGAGGCUAGAUUAGCUACCAUAAGCAAAGAAAGGGAACAAACCAGAUCGCGGAGCAGCAUUGUGACAACCCAAAUUCAACAACUUGAAUCAUUUUAUCCUGCAGAGCCUGAACAUCAGAAAUUUGAGCUCAAACGCCAUCCAUUACUUCUACUGCUGAUAGGAAACCUGCCCGAAGAGGAGCUUGAGAUGUCUACUAUGGCAGCAAAACUGAAUGGAUAUGCGGCGGAGCUUUGCCCCCAAAGGAUUCAAAAGCAGAUCGAUGCAAAGAUCAAUGGAAUUAUUAGAAGGGGUUGGCCUGUUUUGACAGAUGUAUAGCUGAACCAUUGGAGUUGUGUUUCAGGUGAAUGGCAUUACUUUUGCCUUUUCUGGCCGAGUGAUUUCAUAUGCACUGCAGUUCCCUUGCUUAUUGAUGAAAAGUCUUAAGUUUGGUGAAUUUGAUUAAAUUAGUCUAGGCUUUAACAUAAAUGCAAUUUGUUGAACUAUCAGUUCAGUGUGUUGGGAAUAGACCCGUUGGCAUCUUUAACAAGGUUUGCUUUUUAUUAUUAAA